AUGGCUCGACAGAAAUCCCGGAAAGUAAAGUUCAAACUCGCCCCUAAUCACAUCGACUAUCUUUCGAAAUGUCAGUCAGAGUGGUAUACUGCUAAAGCGACCCGGUCCACCGCUCAAUUCAUCAGGAAGAAACGCCGUCGUAUUGCAGGAAUGCUGGAGGAAGUCUCUGGGGAGACCAUGGGCUCGUCGACAAAGGCUUCGAUCGAGGAUGCCAUUGCUUCCUGGUUCAAAGCAAACUGUAGGCCACGCGGAAGGGUCGCAAAGACGGGGACGAAGGCGCGCAGCGGUCGGGAGGUCUUUGCUCACAGGGAAUGGAAGGCAAUUGCAGAGCGAAAGCGAGAGUUGAUGGAAGCGGCAAAUUUUCAAGGGGACCAGCAUAUCGGAUUCCAUCAGCAGGCAGUUACGGAGCUAUGGGGGAACUUACCAGAUGAGCAAAAGGCAGCCUACCGGAGGGAGGCAGUGGAAUGGGAUAAUGUCGCACCUCCACCGGAGAUACAACUUCAUACUGCCGAAGGCGCUGCGGACCGAUUACUUCAAUUCACAGAGGACCUGUACCGCCAGAGCAACGUUCGACUAUGGGGGAUGAUCAUCUUCCGUGACAAGACCGGUUCCUUGGUGAAGCAGGUGAUCGAUUUCAAUGAUCGAUUGGGUGAACAUUGCCGAUUGGAUGUGGCCUUCCACGAGGAGUACGAGAAAAUGGGAUUCGAGAAGCUCUUCGAUAAGUGGAUGCGACCGGCGUAUUCCUCUUCCAGCGAGACUCCACCACCCGCGGCUCCAACGAAGGCAACAAAGGACCUCGCGCGAGUAGACCUAGAGAAGAACAGUUAUGGAGAACCAAUCCUACCCAAUAUCGCGGAGUGCCCACCUGCGGAGACCAGCCACCGGAAGUGGAUCACCAAAGUCUUCCGUGCCUAUGUCUUUGAUAGCUACAGUGUCGCAACUGGUGGCUUGAAAAAGGACAUCUCAUGGACCAGGUUAUUCUCCCACCUUCGACGGUUUGUGGAUGAAUCCUUUUGGCCAGAACGCUUCACGUCGGACUUGAAGGAUCCUUCGAUCAUGAAAUAUGAUGUCAUCAAGGGGAUCCUUGCGUUCUGGUAUAACCGGCAGCUAGACGGAGCGGACCCAGUCUUCUCUUUUUCCCACUACGAAGAUCCCAAGAAGGAAGGUACUUGGAUUCCUAGGGUUCCCCGAGCCGUGAUCGAGGACGAUACCCCGGUGGAGGUGGAAGAGAGGGACAAUGGUGCAAGGAGGAAGCGGGGAGGGGAUAAGGGAAAGGCUAUUCCAGCAGAGGCGAGAGCCAACAAGGGGAAGGGAAAGGCUGUGGCACCUCCAGUCGAAAGACCUGAUUGGAUGGAAUCACCCCUGAAGCGAAUCGGUAACGCCGUCAUGGAUGUGGGGGAUUCUCCCCCUAGGAAGAAGAAGAAGCAGAAAAGGAAGAAGGAGAAGUCCGCGAUGGCUAACGAUAACGCCAAUGGAGGGGACAAACGCAAAGGAGUUGAUAGCGAUGACGAUUCGAGGAAUGAGCAGGAUGGCGAUGGUAGUGGAGAUCGUGAUGGCGAAGGGCACGAUGGUCGCGGAGGGAACAAACGUUCCAGGGAAAGGUUGGAAGCAAAGGGUAGGGCGAGCACCAGCGCCAUCCGCAGCAAGGUUGAACCAGACGGCGACGAUGUCGGGGUUGGCCGCGCCGACACAGAUAACCCCGACGAAGCCCUAGACACCUCUGAAGACGACCCUAGGGACACCGCGAACGACGAACCCGAGGACGCCGCCAACGACGAACCCGAGGACGCCGCCAACGACGAACCCGAGGACGCCGCCAACGACGAACCCGAGGACACCGCCAACGACGAACCCGAGGACACCGCCAGCAAGGGACCUGAGAGCGCCCGCGGCAACCCACAGGAUACUGUCCAAGGUCCCAAACCAAUGGGCCGCCGGAGGAACAUGCCGACGACAUCAGUGGGAUUGACCACGAGAGCGAUGGCGAAAUCAUCCAAAGUCCAGACCCGCUCCGGCGGUCAGACCAAGGCAAAUGCCACAGCCUCCUCAUCCAGGCCACGAGCACAGCCUCGGCCGGUAGGUAAGAAGAAACAGGGAGACAUUUUCGAUUUGAAGGAUUCACGCCAGAAGAAUAGAAAAUAG